GUUCAAGCAGAUCGAGAGAAUACGCCGCAAAGCCCCGGUGCUGCUGGUUGUGGACGACGAGGUGGGUGCCUUCGCCAGCAGCGCUGCUGUUCGCAAGCUGUUUGGGGAGUUGUUGGAGCACACGUGCCAUCUUCACCUCCUCGUCCUUUCGCGGACACCCAUCUACAGCUCGCUCGGGCCAAGCAAGGUGGUGAACGUCGCCCUCCCGGGCUUGGAGGAGUAUGAUUCUGCAAAGCUUUUCCUGCAGCGCAUGCACAGGAAGUUGGAAGCACGGGACUUCCCGGCAGAUCCCAUGGGGAGUGCAGAUGCAGGCGGAGGAGCUCCUUCGCCAUCGCCUCCCCGGGGAGUGCUGGAAGCAGCAAUCCAGAGGUUGAAAGGUCAUCCCCUUCUCCAUCGUCUAGCAGGCCACCCUGGCAACAUUCGUGAGGUCGCCUCCCGUGUUGUCCCUGGCGGGCCCAGCCUGAUAGAUUUGGCGCAGCAGGAGGUUGAACCAUAG